AUGGCGUCGGUCGUGCGAUCGACAGCCCUCCGGGCCGGUGGUGCCUGUGUGCGCUGCCGGAAGGGCAAGACCAAGUGUGUCUACGAAAACGGCAGAGCACCAUGCAAAAACUGCGCCAAGGGAAUGCACGAAUGCUAUCUCCCCUCUGAGUCCAUGGCCCAUGGUGGUCAUGGAGUAUCGCCAGCCCGGAUGCAGCACCGCAUCCGGGAGUCUUUGCCCAGCGAACGGGUGGUUUCAAGCAGCGCUGUUGAUCGCCAGGUACCGGCCGGUCCCAGUUCCAGCGUGUCGCGUCACGCCUCGGCGGCGCAUGAAAAACUUACACCCGAGCUCAUGACGGAAUGCGAGCGAGUCAUCAGCAAGACCCUACCGGCCUGUGUUGCCUUCCACAAGCCGACCUUUUUGGUGGCGCUCAAGAAUGCCUCGAUGGAGCCGACCAUGGUCAACGCGCUAUUGACCACAGCUGCGCGGCACUCCCCCGCCAUGAUUCGCCGGUAUGGCGGACAUGGUAGCAGCAGCACUGCGGCCGAGCAUUUUGCCAGCAAGACCAUCAACCUGGUGAUGCAGAAUCUGGACACGCCUAGCCUUGCUGAUAUCCAGUCCGUCUGCCUCCUGAUUCUGCACGAAUGGGGUUGCCGCAAUGCUGUUCGCGCCUACACUUAUCUUGGCCUUGCAGCUCGCAUGGCGCAGAUGUACAGGCUUGUCCACCACCACAACUCUACCAAUGAGCCGGAUCAGUUUCAGAUGGAGGAGUCUUUCCGUCGCACACUUUGGCUCAUCUACAUCCUGGAUUGCUUCUUGACCAGCAGCCCAGGACGCCAUCCAGCACUGACCCACCUUGAUGUCCAAGAUGUUUCACUGCCCUGUCUCGACAUGAAUUACAACUUUACGAGUCCUGUACAUGUUCGCACCCUCAGCGGCGCCCCCCCAGCAGGCUUGAAGGAUCCCUCUGCCCAACUCAGCGAGGUGGGCGAGUUUGGUCAUAUUGUCUUGGCAACCAAAGCCUGGCGCCAAGUCGUCGAGAUGAUGACCACCACGACGUUGGCCACCUUUUCCGAUGAGAGGUGUGUGCAGCUUGAGCAAGACAUUGAGGUCCUCAGACAGUCCCUUCCCAUGCACUUUGCCGACAAGCCCAACAACAUCAACCUCCACAUCACCAUGGGCAGCGGCUACACGUAUGCCUUUAUCCACUGCCUCUUGAACUGCGGCACCAUCUUUGUCAACCGCAGACGCAUGCUCCAGGUGGUCACGGACGAGAACUUUAGCAUCGACUUGUGGCGUGGAUCUUCCCACACUCACGUCCAGACUGUUGACAAGAUCUUUGCGGCUUCUCACAGCAUCAUCCACUCGCUGUUGGCCCUGGAAACCGGAGCUGACAAGGACAGCAUCCUGUGCUUCCCUCUGUUUAUGCUCUUUGCCGCCUUCACCGCCGGCUCAACCGUCGCAUACCUUACACUGAAGGGACUGGCCCCCGCCAACUCGAGCGAGUCCGCAUUCAACAUAGUGAGGGACAGUGUUCGCAUGUGCCAGGACGGAGCCGAAUCCUGGCCCCUGGUCAUCCCCUGGCAACGCCACCUCUCGGUCAUGUCUAAGGUCCUUCGCGACGUGAAGAGCGCGCCACGCGACAAGGCCCGCGAAGACAGCAAGAAGCGGGCCCUCUCGCCAUCUGUCAAGGACGACAAUGUCAGCCAAACCGACACGAAUCCGGACGCGAUGGACUAUGAACAACCCGAUGUGUCCGCUGCUGGCCCUCAAGCUGUCCCUACCACCGAGGGUCGGGCAAGCGAGCCCCCGGUACCCCGCAAGACCGGCAUCACCACUAUCAAUGGUGGGCCUGUUGCCGUUCCCACACCCGCCGACAGCCCGCCACCACCAGUACCAGUCGUCGCCAAGGUUGACUCCCCUUCCCCAGCCUCACCAGGCUCAGCUCUCGGCGGUGUCCAGUCGUCUAGUACCGGUCCCGAUGUUCCCGACGUGGACAUGACGGCGCUGGAGUUGUGCGCAGCGUUUGAGAGGCAGCUGCUCGAGCUGGAUGACUUGGCCGCUUUCAUGGGGGGCGGAGUUGGGAGUGCGCCGAGCUAGAUGUUCUUGAAGGAAGCGCAUACAGUGAGGAAGAGAAGAAGGGUCCGACCUUUCCCUUACUAGCACGGUUUUCUGUAAACUAUUUCUUUGUUGCGUCGUUCUGUACAAUACUUGGCUUUUUAUUCUUUGGCUCUUGUUGUCACGGACACCUCGUCCUUCUAGGGAGGGUUUCUGUUCUUGCGUGGCUGAGAUAUUUGAUGACGGGAGGGGUUGGUGUUGGGGGAAAUGGAUGGGAUGGGCUGUUUUUGCAAGGAGUUCGUGCGAUGGAGGGAUACCACCCAAGCGGUUAAUGUUAUGGUUCACGGCCGGUUUUACAAGCCAUGGGGGAAGGCAAAAGUGUCUGCAUGGGGAUACUAUUUUUUUGGUCAAAUUUUAUAGGAGGCAGCGUGUGCUCUAC